CCAAUCACGCGGGCGGAUGCGGCUGGCGUCCAUUUUGGCCGGGCUUUGGCUGUGUUGUGUUUACAGUGUGUGGCCGCGACCCUCGUGCAGGAACGUUGUGCUGUUAAUUUCCUCCAAAAUGUCAGACACAGGGGCCUCUCCGGCGAAGAUGAGAAAGCUAGAGCACCCGGAGGAAGCCCACGAGGGCCGCGAGUACGACCCCGAGACCCAGAAAGCCCUGGAGGAGAUAGACAUGUGUCAAAAUGAGAUUGAUCAACUUAACGAGAAGGCGAGCGAGGAAAUCCUGAAGGUAGAACAGAAGUACAACAAACUCAGAAAACCCAGCUUCGAGCAUCGCAGUAAAAUCAUCCAGAGGAUCCCCAACUUCUGGGUCACGGCGUUUGUUAACCACCCUCAGAUUUCUGCCAUCUUAGAAGAGGAGGAGGAAGAAUGUCUACAUUAUCUUACCAAGUUAGAUGUGGAGGAAUUUGACGACAUCAAAUCUGGUUAUAGAAUCAAAUUCUAUUUUGAUGAAAAUCCUUAUUUUGAAAAUGAUGUCUUGACAAAAGAAUUCCAUCUUGGCUCUACAGGAGACCCUGCCUCAAAAUCAACUGAGGUUAAAUGGAAGGAUGGGCAUAACCUAUUAGAGCGGUUUAGACAGAGGGUGCAGCAGGGCGAAAAAGGUGGAACAGGCCGGAAACGUAAUUUGGAGCUCCGUUCAUUCUUCUCUUGGUUUACCGAUCACGGCGACCCUUCAGCAGAUGAGAUUGCAGAGGUAAUUAAGGAUGAUAUGUGGCCAAAUCCCCUGCAGUAUUUCUUAGUUCCUGACAUUGAAGUUGAGAAUGGAGAAGGUGAUGAUGAUGAAGAGGAAUUAGAAGAUGAAGAAGUCGAUGAUUCUGUUGUAGUAGUUGAAGAAGAGAUUGAAGAAGUUGAUGAUGAGGGAGUUGAAGAGGAGGAGGAAGUACAUGGGGAAGAAGAUGGCGAGGCAGAUGAGUGAAGCUGGUUGCUUUAAGGGCGGUAAGCUCUGUUUGAUCAUUAAUAGGAAUGAUCUUGGUGGAUCACUUCAUCUGGCUACAAUUGCUAGUUGUAAAUUAGAUUCAUUUUAGCAAGUUUAUUGUUCUCAUGAAUGUAUACAUCCAUUGGUGGGAAGAAAAAAUUAUUUUCUAAUGGUCAGGAAUUGUGAAGCUCAUCACAAUUAACAAAUUUUUGAUUUGCUAAUUAUGGAAUCCAGGUCAAGUUCUGUAGUCUUAACAAUUACUAUUUUUGAAUGUGUAUCACAGAUUAGAGGAGGUAGGCUGUUAUGAAAUCAUGAUACCCAAACCAGUUUUAUUUGAAAAUGUUACAAAUAAAUUAUUGUUUGUAAUUUAUUCCUACUCAGUUUAAAUUGUCCAAAUACCCUAUAUAGGUUUAAGAUGUGUACAGUGGGUAUGCAAUAAUUUAUAAAUAUAUAUAUAUGUACACACAUGAUGUUUCAUGGGUUCUUUGUUCAUCUGAUAAACCAGAUUUAUAUGGCAGACAUAAAGGGGCAUACCCAUUGGACACGAUUUUUCAAAAUGUGUGCUAUGCUUCAUAAUUACUACUAACAAGGUAGGGAAUACAAUUAGAAAUAAUACAUAAGAAUGAGGAGAUUCUCUUCAUGUACAAGUUUUCUACAAUGGGAACAAAAAGUGAACAAAUAGGUCAUGAUGUGUACGAUCAUUCCUAGAAUUAAAGUCAAUUUUGUAAGAA